AUGCACUUCGAAUCAUCCCCAGGCUCCUCGCCCUCCAAGUCCAUGCCCAUCAGCAUCUCGCCCAGGAACAUGUCGUCGCCCACAAACUCCCUCUACAGCAUCUACGCAACCGAGUGCUCGUCGCGCGGCUCGUCGUGCGCUUACCCGUCAUGGCCCACAGGCCCCUCGCUCGACCACCGCAGCCCUCCCUCGUCGUACAUUAGCGAUGCCGACCUCUUUGGCGAGGACUUUGACGACGACUUUGCCUGCCCUCUGCUCGAGGAGGCACCCGCACCGCCCCGCGUGCCCCCCAUGGCCCAGGCUUUCCCCAUCCUGCCUCCGCUGUACGCGCAAAAGAAGCCCAAGACGGAGCGCCGCCGCAGCAGCAGCGGCCGCAAGCAGCGCCGCACCUCGAAGCCCAUGACGCCCAUCGCAGAGUCGCCCGAGCAGCAGGUGGAAUGA